GGAGGAACAUGCUGAGCCCAUGGAGGCUGCUCCUCUGGGAGCUAGCUGUGAAGUUACCCUACCACAUCAUCACAGCCAGCCUUUGUCUGGGAGGCUCAGACAUCUUCGCCACGGUGCGAGAGAACAGCCCCAUGGGGCAGUUCAUCUCUAACCUCAGCAUCAGCGGGGAGGCCGGGCCCAACGCCAUCCGCCUGUGCCUCAGCGGGAAGAAUGCCGACUGGCUGUUCCUGGACGGCAGGGCCAUCCGUUUGAACUCCUCGCUCACAAAGGUGUUGGACCGAGAGGUUCAAGGAGCGAUCCUCUUGGCCGAGCUGAUAUGCUAUGAAGACAACAUUAUGCAGAGUUAUUACAGGGUCAUAGUGGAGAUACUGAAUGAAAAUGACAACUUGCCGCAAUUUGUGGAAAAGACCAUACAACCUAUUUUCAUCAGCGAGCUCGCAGCGGUGAACUCUGUUGUGUUCAGCGUCAAGGCAACGGAUGCAGACGAGGAUGUACUACUCUAUAUGAUCGAUAAAGCUUCGCCUGACGCCAGCUUCUUCAGGAUAGACUUGCCCAACAGCGGAAAUGUGCUGCUGGACAAGCCACUGGACUACGAGAGCAAAACACAACUCCAGCUGGUUAUCUACGCCGUGGAAAUGAACACCAGAGAUGGGUACAACGCGACCGCCACCUUGACCGUCCACAUUAAGGACGGGGACGACCAGUAUCCACAGUUCCUCCCCUGCAACCCGCCCCCGGCAAACAUCCACCUCCCAGUCUGCACCAACCCAAUCUACAUGGCAAACAUCACACAGGCCGAUCAGGACAUUGUUCUGGGGUUUUCCCCUGGCCCGAUACACGCGGUGGACGGGGACAGAGGCCUUAAGACUCGGCUCACGUUCACACUUCUUUCAGGUGCAGACAAUGGCAGAUUUGCUAUCAACAACGAGACGGGAGAGGUGAAGUUGACAAGAAGCGUGGAAGAUAAACAACUAACACCAAUAUUCAGACUGCGAAUUAUGGCCUCCCAGCUGAACGACCACAGGAAGUACAGUGUGGUGUCUGCACAGGUGAGAGUGCUGGCCGAGAACAGCUUCCCUCCGACCUUGAACCAAACGACCUACAAAGGCUUCGUCAUCCAGAGUGACAGCCCAGCCACCAUUGUCUCCACCUAUGGGAAACAAGUCCUCAUCAUUCAGGCCACCGACAGGGACUUCGCCGAUGGAUUCAAUCCGAAGAUAGCGUACACACUCCAUCCCCUGUCUGCAAGUGAAGGACUGUUCUACAUUACCCGGGAGGGGAUAGUGAUAGUGAGGACUCGACGCCUUAAAGCCUUUGACAGGCACAUCCUGGAGGUGGUUGCUAAGGACGAGGAAUCAGGAGAAAGGGCCACAGCCUCCCUGGACAUUGAGGUUCUGCAAAGGGGCCAAUCGGUCCCCAGGGGUCAGUUCCAGGAAGAGCCUCUGUUUGGGGAUGUGGACACUACGAUGGCAGGGGCCAUUUCCGCCAUCCUCUUGGUGCUGUUUGUGACAGUAAUAUGCCUGACGGUCCACUUGGUCAGGCGAAGGAGAGACAGACAGGACCCAGUGGACCAAGGGGCACUCACAUUGGGGGAGGAUCCGAAUGUGAGCUUAUUAAGCUUUAAAAGGGUGAACCCGAGCCGUGCGGCACACUGUUCCACCGACCUCUCCUUCAUGGCGAUGUCGUUCUCCAGCGAAGAAGGUGAGAGCGCCCGCGCCGAAAGCCUCCGCGGCAGGGCGGGGGUCUACACCAGGAAGACCUCGCUACUGCCCCUUCCGAUGGUGCACCUCCCCGAGGACCAAGAAGACAGCCCGGAGACCCCUCCUCCCAAGUCGGGGUUGUUCCAAACUAAGCCCAAAGGCUGCACGGCCCCAUCGUCGUCAACGUCUUCUUCAUCAGCGGCCCCGACCAAGGUCCUGUUGAAGCAUGUCAGCAAGACGUUGAGGAAGGAUCAAGAGGAAGAAGACCCUCCCCCAGCGCCGUGGCGGACUGAGGGGAGGCCAGCAACGGAUGACUCUCAGGCAGAAUAUCGCAGAGCCGGUCCCAGGAAACUGAGCUUGCUCCUGCCUUUGGAGGAGGCCGCAUCCGGGAGCAAACCCACCGGGAAGGGCGCCCCGGAGCAGCGCAUUGAGAACCCUUACAGUGCCAUGCACGCCGUGAUCUGUGUCUCUGACAACGAGGAGGAUGAUGAGGACACUAGCGCAUAAUAAGACAAGAUGAUGGACUCUGUAGGAGUAGCAGAGGGAACGGGAAAACUGGGGGGGCGGACAUGUGUGAUUGUUCCGUUCAACACAGACGUGUCCAUUAAGUAACUUAGCCUUCAAAACAGAUCACUUCGGGGGGAGAUAGGAAUGAGCUCUGGAGGCUCUGCUUCGAACAAAAUUCCUUCAAAGUUUAUUCAUACUUGAGGACGGUUUCAAACUUGUCAGACUUUAAGUAGUCAAACUAAUGCUGUCACAUUAGGUAGGUUGAUCAUUUUUAUUUUCAACAUGGUUUACUUCGGGAAAUGUUGAGAUGUUCUUGAUUGGCAUCAACUUGAUUUCUUGGAGAAAAAGACGAAAUCAGCAUAGUUUGCCAGUUUAGUGCGGUGACAAUGAUAUUGUUUCACACAGACGCCGAACACAGUGAGCAUCACCAUCUGGAAAGAUGCUCUUCCCUUUGCAGUCUUACAAAACUUGAUUCCUUUGUACAACAUUCAGCACAUUGAGUUACCACUAAUUCACUAGUCAGACGACUUGUACAAUGGAAAAUAAAGACUCUACCAACGUCACUAUUAUCCACAGUCACAAAUCAACUUCUGAAAGGAAACACCUCUUCCAAAUCAAACCUGCAUCCCCCCUGCUCCUAUGGAUUGUAAUUAAAAAUCUCACCUGUACCGUCUCACUCUCA